GUCUGCAAGAUCAGGAUGCAGUUCUACGCGGCCACGGUGGUGACGGUGUUUACGCUGCUGUUCUCCGUCCUCUACCUUGUUCCGCCCGUGCGCAACCUAGCCUACUUCCUCUCCCUGAGCGUGGUGCUGGUGAUCGCAUCCCACUACACGACCGUCUGGCUGCUCUACCUGCUUGCUUACAAGACGGUCACACCCAAAGGGAAGGUCGUGGUGGUCACCCGCUGCGACAGCGGCUACGGGAACCGCCUGGCCAUCGAGCUGGACCGACGUGGCUUUACAGUGGUGGCCGGUUGCGUAAACGAGCAAAGCGACGGCAGCCGUCACAUCAAGGAGGUCUGCUCGGAGCGGGUGUACGUCAUUCAGACGGACGUGACUCAGCCGGAGUCCCUCGUCGUCUUCGAGAGCAUGGUCCGAACGCUCUGCAAGAACGAGAACCAACUGUGGGCCGUCAUCAUCAACCUCAGCGUCGUCUCGCUAGGGGAGCUCGAGUGGUACAACGACGAAGACAUGCGCUGGACGUACGAGGUGAACGUGCUGUGCGUGGCGCGCGUUGCCCGGGCCUUUCUUCCCUUGCUCCGCGAAUCGCCAUACUACGGUCGGCGCUUUGUCAUAGUGAACAGCGUCUGGGGCCGCAUCUCGGUCCCGGGCACGGGCCCCUACUGCAUGAGCAAGUUCGCCGUUCGCUGCUUCACCGAGGUCCUGCGGCGGGAACUGCUCAAGUUCGGAAUCUACGUCGUUGCCGUAGAGCCGAACCUAUACCGGCUGCCGCAGACGGAGCCCAGCACGCUGCUCAAUUCCUACAAGGCCAUGUGGGAAAAGCUACCAGACAGCAUUAAGGACGUCUACUCCAAGGGCUACGCCGACGAAAUGGAGUCCAACAUACGAAACAUCCUCGCCACAGAACCGGACCCUGUGGUCUUGGACGUGGCAAAGAAAAUGCUCGACGCCGUCCGAAUCACGAACCCAAGCAAGCUCUACCAGCCCGACCUGCUGAGCAGGAGGAUCCUUUACACCAUCUUUAGCCAAGCCCCCGACGAAAUAACAGACUUUUAUUUGGCGGAAAUAGCGGGUUUAAUGAAAGCCUGA